AUCCGCACGUGAACGCAGCAUUGUUGUGUCUUGUGAGAGAAGGGCAGGACGAGUCUUCCUGUUUUCACUUACAAGAAGCAGCACCAUUCGUAAGUUAUCCCUGAGCGCCAGGAGUGGGCUGAAUUUUGUUCUGUGGAAGGAGGGAAAAGCAUCUGUCUAUAUUCAGCAUAAGCAUCAACAUACAAGGGGCCUUUACCACAAUGAAUGUGUCCCAGAAAAUGGAGACAGAGGAAGAUCUCCUGACUUGUCUCCGCGUCAAGCUUUACCACCCACAGCAGAGUGGCCGGGGCCUUUACACGCUGCUGCCUCUUGGGAAGAGGUGCAGACACUCAGCAGAUGACCCCCUCAGGCUGGGCCGUGACGCCACGGCCUGCACCUAUGCCCUGGCCGACCCCCGGGUGUCCCGCAAACAGCUGGCCCUCCACGCCUACCGCUCACCCCAGAGCCCGGACAUGCUGUUCACCAUCCAGAACCUGAGCCAGAGGGCACGGCUGUCAGUGAACAGCGCGGCUCUGGGCUACCUGGAGAGGGCAGAUCUGCCAGACAAGGCCCUGAUCCGGUUUGGAGAGUAUGAAAUUGUGAUCAUCCUUGAGUCCGGCGACGCCAAGGGGAGCUUUGAGGUGGAGUUUGAGGUGCUGGCGGUGCCUCCGUCCAGGGAGACGUGCAUGUGUGUGCCUAGUAUGACCCCUGUCAUGGACACAGGCUCAUGUGUGACGAAUGGUUUCUCAGCCGAGUUCACGGCAAUUGGCCCCCUGGAGACCGAUGAGACUCUCAUGUGUCAUUUUUGAUGUGUCAAAUGCUGUGACUUGUUUUUAACUCUGUAUCUGACUUGCAAUUUUAAAGCAAUGCAAAAUGCUUGUAUUUGCUUCCUGUUUGUAAUGUAAAAUCGUAGUAUUAUUUUUCACCUUUUGUGUUUUACUCCCAUUUAUAUAUAUUAACAAGCUGUGAUCUUUAAAAAAAACUACUUUUUAAAAAUGUAAAUGCUAUAAAUUUUUGACUUGUGCACAUUAAAAUUGUAUUUUGGUAA